UUUGCACUUGGGCACUGCACUCGUAGUCUCUCCUCGCAGCCUAUUUCUGUUAUCUCUGCAGAACACCGUGGAGAGAAGAGGGAGUGUGCUGUUGUGAAAGCCACUGCGGCAACUGUGUGUGAGAACGGCAGUGAGGCCCACAUGCCUGGAAGUCGUAUCGGUAAUACAUCACGCUGUCUGAAAGGAGAUGCACUGCGGCUGCGUGAUGUGUCUACUAUUGAUAUUCACUCAAUCAUUGGAGAUAUUUGUGCAAAUGUGAAGUGUGAGGGUGGUAAAGUGAGUGUACAGUAUAAAGGGGAUGAUGAUUGGUAUGAAUGUAAAGAGGGCAGUAGUAUUUCACCGUCUGUUACUUCAGCCUUUAGUAGUGGCCGCAUUGUGUGUCCUCCAUACAGUGAGGUCUGCAUGGAUUUACCAAUACAACCACCACCAACAGAAGCAGUAGUAAUGGAGGAGGAGGUAUACAACUUUACUUCAUCCAUCAAUUAA